CAAUUUUAGAUCAUAGACAAUCAACAAAAAUGAAAAUGUCCGUCGUAAAAUAUACGCUCUAAUUUAUUUUGUGGCUGUAUAAUAAUCGUUGCUUGCGAUGUGAAUAUUUUGUAGUAUUUACAUUCUUAUAAGUGCAUAUAAUCUAACAAAAUGAUUGUUCAAGAACCUAUACAGGUUAUCGUUUGGGAUUGUCUGAACAAUUAUGAAUACGACAAUGCUAUAUUUCUGGCUGAGAGACUACACGCUGAAGUUGUGUUGGAGGAAACAGCAUUUCUAUUGGGAACAUGUUACUAUAGAGCUGGAAAAAUAAACGAGGCCCAAUAUUUGCUGCAAAACAUGUCAUUAACAUUACCACAGGCCAGGUUCCUAUUAGCUAAAUGUUUUUUGGAAUUAAAAUCGUAUAAAGAUGCUGAACUUACAUUGGGAAAUAAUCUGGACAUUGUUGCUUCGGAGUUUGGUGAACAAGCCCCAUAUGCAUUACAACUACUUGGAAAAAUUUACAAUCUCACUGAAAGAAGAAGUAAAGCUGUGGAAGCUCACCGGAAAGCACUCUCACUGAAUCCAUUCAUGUGGAAAUCAUUUGCACAUCUAUGUAACAUGGGUGAGAAAGUGGACCCCCACCAAGUAUUCCAAAUGAAUAAUACUGACUUCACAUUUGGUGUUACAACAUUAGUAAAUCUAGUCAGCAAUUCUGAAAACAUUUCAUUUGUAAAUAGUAACAUUCCUAAUAACACUGCUAUGAAUACUAAUGUCACACCAAACAAUGUAACAACUAGAACCCCAAUGACUAUGUCUACAAGUAUUACGCCUGAAACUCAAGCCCCUGUGAAGAGAAUGCACAGUGUAUUCAGUGGCAUGGCACCCAUUCCAUUUUCCCCCUCUUUUGGCAUGCUACCAAUGGAAGAAUCUCCCGUGUUAUACACACCAACUCUGACAGACUCCAAUGAGCAGAAGGCUAUACCCAAAAUAGUGAAUUCAUUACGAGCACAAAUGGGACAGUUAAAAGAUGCAGUAUUCAGUCCAGCACCAAGGUGUACUCUAGGACCAGCUCCAAGAAGGUCCUCCAGGUUAUUUAGUAAUAAUAAUAGCAGCUACUCAGUCAAAGAGAAUAAUAAGUCCCCAAGUAGAAAAUUCGUACCCCCUAAGAGUCCUUCAAGAAAAAAUAAACAGCGGACAGCCAAAAAUAUAAAAUCAAAUUCAGUGGAUGCUAAUGAAAGAAAUAAAAGUGUUGAGACUGUUACACCAACAAUCCCACCAAAGAAUUCUAAUGGUGUAGCUUUAUUAAAUUUAAUGAGGGAUUUAGGUGAGGCUUAUAAGGCUUUGGCAUUCUUAGAUUGUAAAAAAGCUAUCCAAUUAUUUCAAGAGACUACUCCAAAACAAUUAGCUUCUCCAUGGGUGCAGACCAUGAUAGCGAAGGCCCACUAUGAAUUAGCUCAAUACGAGGCUGCUGCUAAGAUUUUUGCAGAUAUUAGAAAGCAGUAUCCAAAUCGUACAGAGGGAAUGGACAUUUAUAGUACAUGUUUAUGGCAUUUACAAAGGGAAGCUCAAUUGUCAGCAUUAUCUCAAGAAUUAGUAGAAUUGGACAGGAAAGACCCCAUUGCUUGGCUUGCUGCUGGAAAUUGUUUUUCGCUACAUAAAGAACGCGAAACAGCUUUGAAAUUCUUCAAAAGAGCCGUUCAGCUAAAUCCUGAAGCAGCAUAUGCUCAUGCGUUAUUGGGUCAUGAGUAUGCAGUUGCGGAGGAGACUGACAAAGCCCUUGCAAGCUUCAGGGCCGCGGUAGCCAUUGACCCCCGCAAUUACGUUGCUUGGUUUGGUAUAGCGACAGUUUACGCGCGACAAGAGCGCUGGAAACCGUCUGAGGUGCAUAUACGUCGAGCUCUUACUAUACACCCCCAUUCUGGAGUAUUAAGAUGUCAGCUAGGCCUAGCUCAAGCAGCAUUGGGGAAAAUGGACAGAGCCCUGGCCACUUUGGAAAGGGCAGUGGCAUUGGACACUGAGAACCCUUUGUGCCGUUUUCACAGAGCUUCCGUGUUAUUACGUGCUGGACGGCCGGAAGAUGCUUUAGCGGAUCUUCAUCACUUGAAAGACAUUGCACCAAGAGAAUCAUUAGUAUAUUAUUUACUUGGUAAAGUUCACAAUAAGUUAGGUAAUUCUCAUUUAGCACUCAUGCACUUUAGUUGGGCUACAGAUUUAGAUCCUAAAGGCACAGGAGGACACAUAAAAGAAGGUUUUGAUCCUUCUAAACAGGAAGACCCACCAGAGAGAUCAACCUAAUUUCAAUGAAGACUUUCUAAAGGAUUGCAGAAAGGCCUGCACUUGUGUUGGCAAUGCAGUCAAUGUUUGACUGAUCCCAUGUAAAUAUCGCUCUCACCCGUCGAGCUCUUAACUGACACCAAAUUCUUCCAACAAAGCUUUAUGGAGUUUGAUGGGUGUGUGGUGGCAUUUAGUCGCUGUAGUAAUAAGGGCGUAUGUGGAUAAUAUGUUUAUAUAGAGUAAGAUGUGGAUAUUCCUAAUGUUAUCCUAGUUUAUUAUAUAUCAUGUAUAGCUAAUAACUUCUAGAAAGAUGAAAGAAUAUAAUUUUUAAAAAAGAUGAUGCUUUUGAAAGUUAAAAAAAAGACUCAGAGCCUUGAUCUCAAUGGGAUGAUGUUAUAAAUAAUAAUCAUUAUAAUAUAGAGCCAUUAAAUAAAUGAAGUUGCAAAUUCUUACAAUGCCAUAAUUAUGAAUUCCUGAUAACUAAAUUUUCUAAUUGUUGUCCCUCAUAUAAUAAUAUUUGUACAUAGAAUCAUGCCGUUUCAGCAUGUGACAUUGGGAGAGCCGCUGGCGGUAUAGCAUAGACAUCUAAUAAUCAUGUUUAUACAAUGUUAUACUGUGAAAAUAUUAAAAUCCUUGCAUGUAGACUUUACUUUCGUGACAAAACAGCUUUGGGUGUUAGUUCUAGCUGGGGUAUGGAGAACACAUGGGAACCAAUUAACACUGUAGCAUUCAGCUCUUGGAGUAUAUCCGAUUAUUACUUCAUAGCAUCAAUACAAAAUUGUUUCGUGUGUGUAUGUAAAUAAUAACAAAUUAACUAUAUAGCACUGUUUGUCACUUGAAAUCACCAAUGAACUGCUCUAGCUCUGUGGACAAAUUUGUUUAGACCACCUCUAAUUAUGUAUGGACUUAAUAAAUAAAACUGAUGUAACUUA